AUGGCAUCCGAAACCGGCAUUAUCGAUGUACCAACCAUGGCGGAGAGAGUGCAAAAAAUACGCUCUCGCCUUUCCGCUCUUUUUUCUGGGGCUUCUUCGGUUGGCUCCUGCAGCAUAGACAACCCCCAGAAGCUACAGUUCCCCCCAGCGGGGGCACGCAUAUUCGCACCUCGGCCAGGCGGAAACGUACACGGUGAGCGAAAUAUUCCUCCAGGAAGGAGAUCUAUAUCAUCGACUGGUUCCGUGAUAGAUCGCACCGCGUCACCUAAUAAUAACAUACCGCCAUUCCCAUAUUCGGAGACUGUUGAUAGAAUAUCUCAUCCAGGGCCACAACAGAGAGGCGGGGGUCAGGUCAAUAAAGGAGUCUUCUAUAUCAACUGGAUCCGGCGAACAAAACAUAAUAACUUAGAUCUUGUCCUUGCCGUCACAUCUUCAGGAAAGAAGUUUGAAUUCCAUGUCAUUCUAAUUAUCGCUAUGAUGGCUUGCACAAUAUUUUUCUGUCAUUCAUUGAUUCGCCUGCUCAUGACAGCAAAACGUCGCCCAGUCCGCCGUAACCAGCCUAUCCGUGCCCCUUGCAUGGUCGAGAGAUUAAGCCAAAUCGACAGACCCAUCCCAGUUUUCUUCGCAAGUGAUUUAGAAAUGGGUCUAGGUACGGGGGCCGACCACGAUGAGAGCAAACCUGGCCCCGUUUCCAUUCCACCUCCUGCAUACGGCUUUUGGAGUGGUAGUGUGAAAAUGGAUCCAAAUAGGCUUUAUUGGCAGAGUGUUAAUCCCCAUGAUCUCAUCCACCAGCACUCUCAAAGCAUGAAUGAAGUCCACCCGUCGACUGCAAAUCGGCCUCCGAGCUAUAUAUCGGAACACGAAGUUCAAUACGUUGUCAACUCUCUGCUUCAGCCACAGCCAAUCCAUGAUCCAGCAGCUGCUUUAGUUCAUCCUGCCGAGAGGGAUACAGUAAAACCAUAG